AUGCCCAGAAGACCAGCUCCAGGGAUGGAGGCUCCCGACUGCUGGAAUUGGCUCGAGAUUCCCCCCAUCCAAUUCCCAAAGCAUUCCAUGGCCGACAAUCUAAUCCAGUUAGCAUCGCUUUGUGUCCUAAGAUGCACGUAUAGGAUGAUCGCAGAUUCUACUGCAAGAGUCCGAAUCUACAUGCUCCCGGAUGACGUUGGAAGACGGGUUAUACCGAGAGAUAGCCGGGAAAUUAGCAAGUUUCGACGGGAGGUCUUAUAUGCACUUGAUACCUCUGAGGCAGGUUGGCGGGGGUUAAAGGUGAAAGGCCAUAAGCCACUUGUGGCUCCGGGUGAUGUGCAUCUGUCCCUCUUUUACCUGUUUAAUACUUUGGAUUCGCCCAACCCGAAUCCCAAAGCAGAGUGGGUCAGAGACCGCAAUACCACCGACCUCAUGAAUCGGGUCCUGAAAAAGCCAGUUGUGGGGAUGAAAAAUCCACUGUAUGGGUACCAAAAGAAGACCGUUGCUAUGAUGAUCCAGCGGGAGCUGGCACCUGAGAAUACACAAGAUGCUAGGUUUAGAUGCUUUACUGGUCCCCAAGGACGAAAAUACUACCUUGAUCUUGAGACUACGGAGAUGUUAGUUGAACCGAGGAAAUAUGAGGAUGUCCGAGGAGGAAUACUAGCGGAAGACACGGGAACAGGGAAAACCUUUAUUUGUCUGGCACUCAUUUUAGCGACGAAGUAUCAGUACUCUUUUAUCCCUGAAGAACAUGAGGAGCCAUCACUCCUUCGCCAGUCCCCCCCUUCAUUGUCUGAUCUUGCGGUAGCAGCCAUCUGGAAACACUCGUUAGGGUGGGGAGAGUUCAAAGAUGACCUCGGCGCCGUUAAUCUCGCUAAACUUAGGGCGGCGCAUGCGUUCUACGAAGUGCAACCCCCCUCAAGGAGCCGAAGCAAGCGUUAUAGCCCUAGUGAUGUUAAAGAAAGGAUAUAUCUCGGGACUGGAACUAUUGUUGUGUGCCCCCCUAAUCUUGUAGAUCAGUGGAAACGAGAAAUCAAUAUUCAUGUUGAGGAAAAGGCCCUGAAGACACUUGCACUUGUGAAGUCGUCUGAAGGAAUUCCUCCUGUAUCGGAUCUCUUGGAAUAUGACCUUGUUAUCAUCGCCCGACCUCGCUUUGAUAUGGAGGAGAGGGAGGGUCGGGAUAAGGCUGGGAGACAUGCAGUAUACAAGUCGCCACUAAUGUCGAUUCGAUGGAAGCGAUUAAUCGUUGACGAGGGCCACUCAAUGGCGUCUUCAAGUUCUCUAAUGAAUCGAGGUGUUUGCGUCGCUCAGCGACUACCAGUGGAGCGGCGGUGGAUUGUCUCUGCUACUCCGGUUACAGGUCUAUUGGGAAUGUCCUCCGGUAUGAAUAUUGGGGAGACCGAAGAGGCGCUGGAGGCCCGUAGGGAACAGGAGUUGGAGGAACGCAGAGUGGCGCAAACAAACGAAUCCAAUGAUCUCGAGAAGCUCGGUCGUAUAGUUUGUGAUUUUCUAAGAGUACGUCCUUGGGCUUUACCUUCUGAAGGUCAGAGCAGUGAGUACGCUUCUUGGAAAGCCUACGUUAGUAAAGGCUUUAUGCAGCGGCAGCCAGGAUCUACUGAUUGUGUGCGGAGCAUUCUCCAGAGAAUAAUGAUCAGGCAUCGUUUGAAAGACAUUGAGAAAGACGUUGCACUUCCUCCGCUGUAUCACACUCCAGUUUAUUUGGAGCCUGGAUUCUUUGAGAGACUAUCAAUGAAUCUAUUUCUAGGCGGUAUAGCGUCAAAUGCUGUUACAAGUGAACGGGUAGACCAAGAUUACAUGUUUCACCCAAAGAACCGUGGGCCGUUGCGGGAAUUGACCAACAAUCUGUUGAAACGAAGUGGAUUUUAUUGGAUGGGUCACUCAAGUGCAGAUGUGCAACUCAUGGUCGCAGUUAGCCAGAGGUGUCUUGCAGACCCUACAAAACAUCACAACAAGCAGGAUAGGGAGUUGUUGGAGUCGGCCAUAGAAUCAGGUUUGAGAGCAUUGAGCAAUCCUGUCUGGAAUGCUUGCAUUCGCAACUCUGAGAUGGCAUACUCGGUCCUACAUUUUCCGGCAUCGAUCGCUGCCGAAUGGGCCCUGGUGAAAGGAUCCAAUAACCCUUACCCAAUAGGGGGAAAGUCGGUGCAGGAUGUUCAACGAUACGUGAAUGCGCAUGCGUAUGAUCCCAAACUUAUCUCAAAGCUUGGGGACAAGGUUGGAGUGGCUGCAGCAGAUGUAUAUUUAACCGGCAACACCAGAAGAAACGGUAAAUCCAAAAUGACAUCUACCGUGGUAGGAAAACAUAACGCGGAGGAGCGCUCUGCGAAUGACGCCGAGAUCAAGUCCAACCUUAAAUCUAUCCUGAAGCGAUGUGCAACGCCCAUAUCUACCGUUUCCGAGGACUCCCCACUGGCGAGGACAGAGAUAAUCGGCACUGCCUCGCAAAAACUAACCUACCUCUUAGACAAGGUUCUAGAGUACCACGAGACUGAGAAAAUCUUGAUAUUCUACGAAUCCGAGGACGUGGCAUUUUAUAUCGCUCAGGGGUUGGAAAUAAUUGGCGUGGAAUACCUUGGGUACCAGAAAAACUUGCCCAGCCACGAGAAGGCAAAAUACCUCGUGACUUUCCAGUUCUCGCAGACGUUCCGUGUGUUCUUAAUGGACCUCUCCCAGGCCGCCUUUGGCCUGAACAUCUCGGCUGCUAGCAGAAUCUUCUUCGUGAACCCAGUUUGGCAACCCAGCGUUGAGCACCAAGCACUGGCACGUGCGCACCGCAUCGGACAGAAGAGACCAGUAUAUGCGGAGACGCUGAUCCUGAACCACACUAUUGAGCGAGAGAUGUGGGAUCGCAGGCAAGGGAUGACAGCAGCAGAGCUAAACCUCUCGAAGGGUGCGGCAGCAAACGACUCGAAAAUGAGGGACAUCAUAUCAAGCACUAAGUUCCUUAAAACCGACGACACAGAAGGGGAAGUAGAUCGCAACGGCAAUCCCAACACCUCCAUCUCCUCCGACCGCUUCGCCAAUCUCAAGUGUCCGCAGAGCCUCCUAGGUCCCGGGAAGCACGGAGGGGUCUACAGUCAUGAAGGCCUGGACGACAGACUCAGAAAAACCUAUAAGGCGCCGCGCGAUAGGGCUUCUUCACUGACACCAACGACACCAGAUUAUCUUGAAUUAGGCAGCGACGAGGAGAUAGUCAGCGACCUGCGUGUCGCACCCCCACCAAAGCGCAGGGCAUCCGUGGCGUCUUCUGGAGCCGGGAGUAGUGGCAAGAAGAGAAGAGGGUCCAGCAAUAGCAGUUCCAGUAGUGCUGCUGCCGCGAGGAAGGCUGUGCGUUUUAGCUAGGGAACGGCGAUGAUGGUGCGGUGCAGCAAAUUGACUUACGGAUUGAGAUUUUUCAAGGUUAGGGAUGUAAAUGGAAAGCGAGGCUUUUUCUCUUUCUUUUUUCUUUGCUCUUUCACUUCUUUUCCUUUGGUGGAAAAGGCGUUUGCUCGGACAUUUCCUUCUUUUUAUGUGAUACCUCUUACCUUCGCUUUCUCUUUGCUGUUAGCUUGCUCUGUCUUAAAAAGUUUUUCUUACCAUUUUUUUUCUACUUUUAUCAUUUAUGGGUGGAUAGGUGGGGUUUCGACUUGCUGGCUGGCGUAAAACAUAUAUAUAUAUAUAUAUAUAUAUAUUUCUUCCACUUUUUGACUUCUCUUUAAUUUUUUUCUUUUCUUUUCCUUUUCUUUUUCACUUCUCGUAUUUGCAUCGGCUGUCUAUCUAGCUAUUAUAUUAAACCACGGAAUGGGGUUGGGUUGGGGUGGAGUGUAGUGAUACUGUAUCUUACCUUAGAUAAAGACGAUAAUAUAAAUUAAUGGCUUAG